GCAUGUCCACCUUUCACUACAUUCUUAUUCUCAAGUGAAACAGCAUGAAGUUGGGGCUGAUUCUGCUGGUAGCCACAUUGGCCACUGCAUUUGCUGCAGAGGAGUCUUGCAUGGGCCGCUGUGAGAACGGCUUUGACGCUCAGAAGAGCUGCCAAUGUGACUCCAUGUGUCGGUAUUACAAGAGCUGCUGCUUGGACUAUGAGACGGCAUGUCGUAUGAGAACUCGAGGAGACACAUUUGUCUUUGCUGAAGACGACGAGGAGUCUCUUGACAGCACCCCCACACCUAUUGCCACCAUCAACCAUACCCCAACCGUUGACUCUGGCUAUUCAGGCCAUCAACAUGGGCCAAGACGCUAUGACAGUGUGGUUGCUUUCUCUACUACUCCUGCCACACAGGCCUCCCCAGUAACAAAGGCAACCACAGCUCUUUCAGCUAUCAAAGUCCCUGAUACACAGGAGGAAUCUCGGCCACCCCAAGAUCCAACAGCAGAGUCCCACGUCCGACUGAACGUCCCCACAACUGUGAAGUCACAUAUCAAAGUAAAUGUCCUGACAACUAAGAAAGAUCCCAGGAGGGAAAUUUUAUUGAGACCAAAUCUGGCAACCCCAGAACCAACGACAGCCCCUGUCACGACCACAGAGAGAGUGACCACCACCAAAGCUCCAGACCCAGAUGCAGAGGCUUGUAGCGGCCGGCCCUUUGACUCUUUCAUGCAGAUGAAAAAUGGCUCAAUCUAUGCCUUCAGAGGGGAAUACUUCUUUGUACUGGAUGAAAAGUCUGUGCUUCCUGGCUACCCCAAACUCAUCAAGGAUGUCUGGGGCAUCAAAGGGCCCAUUGACGCUGCCUUCACUCGAAUCAACUGCCAGGGCAAAACCUACAUUUUCAAGAGAAAUCAGUACUGGAGGUUUGAUGAUGGCGUAUUGGAUGAGGACUAUCCCAGAGACAUUACUGUGGGCUUUACUAAGGUUCCAGACAACAUAGAUGCCGCCUUUGCCAUGCCAGCCCACAGUCACCAUGGCAAAGAGAAGGUGUACUUCUUCAAAGGUGACCAGUACUACCAGUAUGAGUUCCUCCACCAGCCAUCUCACGAGGAGUGUAUCAGCAUGUCAGUGAGGUCCCCCUCUACCCUCUUCCGACGCUACACCGAUGUCUACUACAACAACUGGGAACCCUUUUACCAUGAGCUCUUUGGAGGCAAGCCCAUCCGUCAUGAUGGGCACCACUUCAUCAACAAGGACUGGGUCGGCAUCAAGUCACCUGUGGAUGCUGUCAUGGGGGGCAGGAUCUAUGUUGCCCCAUGGGUCUCUCCCCCUCGUCGCAAUGAUGACCGACGCCCAGAGGGCAACUACCGCCCCAACCAGCAAUGGGGGCAACAAUGGGGGCAACAGUGGGGGCAACAACGGGGGCAACAGUGGGGUCGCCGCAGGCAAAACCGAUCCCCUUUCUGGGAGUCUAUGGCUGAAAGAGGAAUGGACAUGGGCCAGGGCUUCGCUGAGAGAGGUAUGGACAUGGGUCAGGGCUUCGCUGAGAGAGGUAUGGACAUGGGUCAGGGCUUCGCUGAGAGAGGUAUGGACAUGGGUCAGGGCUUCGCUGAGAGAGGUAUGGACAUGGGUCAGGGCUUCGCUGAGAGAGGUAUGGACAUGGGCCGGGGCUUCGCUGAGAGAGGUAUGGACAUGAGGCUGACAGAGCCGGAGAUAGCGAUGAGGGACAGGUUGGGGAGCAACUUGGGGUUGCGUCAACAAGACUGGGACCAGGACCGGGACCAGGACCGACGGAGAGAUUACGAUUAUCGCAGACACUAUGAGAGCGACAGCUAUUACUCCAGAUAUCCCACUGCAGAAAGACACUACUGGGAGCUCGUACGGAAGGGCCAGCCCCUGCAGAGCGUCUACUUCUUCAAAGCAGAUAAAUACUACAGAGUGGAUUUGAAGACCAAAAAAGUCGACUUUGCAAACCCCCCAUAUCCCAGAUCUAUCGCUAAGUACUGGCUCAGCUGCCCUGACAACACAAAGGCAGAAAAGAAAUAGUUUCUAAGGGGGGGAUUUUAUUGUGUUCAUGUAGUCUACAGAAGACUCAGGUGACCUGACCCGUUAGGUACUGUAACAAUGCUAUGUUGUCUUUACAAUUUCAUUGAAACAUUUACAACUGUAUAUAUAUAUAGGAUUUCUUUUUGAUGAAAGAUCUUAAUCUUGAUUAAACAGUCAUUGGGAUAAGACCUAUCCCUUUACAAAGACUGCAUCACCCAUAAUGCCCCUGUGCAUAGGUAACGCAAUGUCAAUAAAAAUGCUGGUAUCUGAGGCUAUGCAGACUUUACAGCUCACCUACACAAACCCAUCAACCUCACAGCUAAGCACCCAAUCGUUAAUCAUAAAGCAUACAAAGUCCAGAUGGCUGUCAUCCAUACCAUGGGGUCAUGUUCUACUCUACAUCAUCUAUUUGAAACCAUGUUUGGAUUUGCCCAUGUUGUUUUAAAGUACACGUAAACUUUU